AUGGUAGGACCCAUGUCAGACCUUUAUAUUUUUGAAGGUGACACACGUGAUUUUAUUCUCAGCCAAACUGUAGAUCCCAGUCAGCUUACAUGCCCUGAAUACCUGCCAUUAUCACAAACAGGAAAGGAGAAGGCAGACCAUGACUGUGGUCCACAUGUCCUGAUGUGUGAUUCAGAAGGCAUUGUGUCACAAUGUCAUCACAGCUUUAGUAAAGAACAAUCUAUAGAGAGCAACUUGUCAGAAGUGAGUCAACAUGAAGAGUUACGACCACCUGCUGUGGAGGCCUGGGGUGUGGAGUUGAUGUUGGGAAGUGAUGUGAGAUCAGGCAAAGCAGAGGUCACUGAUUUAACCCUCGACCUGCAGCGCAGCGACAGCCCAGUCGAACACUGGAUGGAUGCAUGUCAGGAUCUGAGAGGUGAGGACGAAGAAGAUGGGGAGAAUUUGGACAAAGCAAGCCACUUUAUUUUACGAGAACAUCAAGUGUCAGGUUACAGCCCCGGUGACAGCAAGAGGAUUGACUGCUCCAUUGAUGACACCAAGGGUUGGGGGCCACCUGUUAGGAGAUGGUCAUCAGUGGACAGCUGGGCAACUGCACUCUCAGACUGGACUGGGAUUGUCGAGGAUCCAUCAGAAGAUAUUGCAGCUGCCUUUGCAGAGAUAGGAGCUGAGAUAGAUGCUUUGACGCAAUCGCUAGACAAGUUGAAUGCUCACACAGAGUCAGACACUCUGCACGAAAGUCUAACGGCAACAGAGAGAGAACGAGCCAAAGAGGAUAUGGGAGUUCAGGGUCAGCUUCUGAAGAAUCAAAGUAUCCUAGGGAGCUCCAUCCAUCCUGAUCAGAGCUGUCUCUCUUUGGGCCUUCAAACAGAAGGAUCUGAACAUCAAGACAACAGUGACUUGAAGAUCGUUGAAUCCUUGUGUGACCCAGAAAAUACCACCAAAGGAGAACAGCUUGCAAGGCACUCGCUUGUGGGUUCACCCAGGGUGACGGCCUCUUCUGAAGGGUACACCAUGGCUGAGAUCACACUGAGGACUGUAACUUCUUCUUCCUCUGAUUUGGAUCUUUUUAAGACUGAUGGAUAUUUUAGGAUCUUUGAGGAUGAAAUUUUCUUGAGCAACGAGGUCCUUCCAAUCAAACUGAAUAUAACAGAGGAUACAGAUUCGAUCACUCAUCCAGAGCUGGUAUUGGAAGAGCCCUGGGGAGAUGGACUGCAUCGAGUGACUGAUGAAUGCACCUUGUCACAGCGAGGCUCGGUUGAAAAGCAGAGAGUUAAAUGUGAAGGAAACACGUGGACAACAGAUCCUGAUAUUUUCAGCAGGCUUCCUCCAACAAACACAGAUGUGGACAGACAAUGUCAUCCUUGUACAGAUGUGUCAUUUAACACUUUGCCAGAUCUUCUCAGAAAAAGCCAGGUGGAGCUACAUUUGGGGAGUCCUGAGUUUACUACGCACUUAGCUUCACACAGCAGUGACUCCUCUUUCAUCUGUCAAACUAAAAGCAGUUUGGACAGUGAUCAGACUCAAAGCAACUGCUUGGGUUGUGGUCAUGUGCAAGAUUUGACUCUCUGCUCGAGCCCAGAUGGAGACAAAUCCUUUGGCAAAGGCGAUGAGGAGCUGAUUCAGAAAAAGCAGGCUACAAUAACACCUUCAGCAGAUGGGGUACAGGAACAGCGCAUUGAAGACAACGAACAGAGUUUCCUCACUGCAACCGAUGACAUAACAGAUUUCCGCACAGCUCUAGUAAACAUAUCUUUUCACCCUCUAGAUCAUUUUUUCAUCUCAGAGAAAAAGCGUGUUGCAUACCUCACUUUAGAUAUAAAUGAUCCCUUUAUACCCAGGACAGCUCCACCCAUCUUGACACCUACAAAAGUUGAGGAGACUGAGUUGAAGAUGCCUCACAAAACUCAUAAGAAUCCUGCAGAGAGCAAAACACGCUCGAAAAAGGAAAAAUCUGGUGGUCACCAUCAUAUUGGGCAGGCUUCCAAAAACCAAGAGAACACAUCUCAUCAUGUUUCCAUGCAGCAGUCCUGCAAACAGCAAGAAAGUCAUCUCACAACUGGAGAAAGUCACAUUAGCGAGAGCAGUGAAGUUGCGAUUGAAGUCAAGGAUGCUAAGAUUAUAACUGAGACCAGCAUGGGAGGGAAUGAGAAGAAGCUGCAUGGUAAGAAGAAAAAGAAACAUGGUCAGGCUGCAACUGUCAAGAGUGAAGCCGAGUCAUCAGUUGAUGUGGAGAAUGGAGCAAAACCAAAAAGUACAAUGGGAAGGAUAGACAUGUUUGAGGCCAAGUUUGGGGCCAAAACUGGAAAGGCUCACAAAGAUGGUCAUCAGUCAGUCCGUACUGAGAAAAAGUCCAAACAUCUAGAGGAAAAAGUGCCCCAUGUAGAGCAACCUCUGGACCACACAGAUCAUAAAGACUUCCAGACCAAAAAUUAUUCCCACCCUCCAAAUGAUGAUGUCAUCAAAAGGAGACGGAUGUCAGGAGAUAAAAUGGGGAAAAUUGUUAGCUCCUUUGAGUCUAAACUGCCAAAGACAUAUGCUUCAGUCAAAGCAAAGGAAGAAGAGACCCAGAGGAAUGUAGGUGCAGCUCGCAAAAAAGCAUACAGUGAGGUGGUCAAACAGAAAGUCCCACCAAAGGAAGGGCCUAAGGUGGUGCAGCCAAUCCAGGCAGUGUCAGUGAGCAAGGACCAUCAGAGUCUAUGUCUGUGGUGUCAGUUUGCUGCAGUCCACUCAGACUACACCGUGACCUGGAGCAGAGAGGGGACCAUCCUGGAUGAGAGCAAAAGAAGUGCAGGGGAUGAUAGCAGAGUGACACUGGCCAUCACCAACGCCACCCACAAAGACCUGGGCAAGUUUGAGUGUCGCCUCAGCAGCUCCCAGGGUUCAAUCACCCUGGACUAUCUGCUUACAUAUGAAGUUCUUAGUGAAAUUGUCAUCCCUGCAACUCCAUCGACCAUUUCAUCCACACCUGUAGAAGUGUGCAGUGAAGAAGAGGACGCCCACUUCUCCAAGCUCUUGUUCAGGGAAGAUUUCCUCUCAGAGCAGUACUUUGGAGAGAACCAUCCCAUCAGCAUCAUCACUGAAAAGGCUCACUUUGGAGAGGGGAUGCAUCGGCGAGCUUUCCGGACCACCCUGAAGGCAGGUCAGAUACCCCUGCUGGUUCCGGGACAUGCCUGUGUGCUCAAAGUGCACAACGCCAUCAGCUAUGGGACCAAGAACAACGACGAGCUCGUUCAGAAGAACUUUAAUCUGGCUGUGGAGGAGUGUCAGGUCCAGAACACAGCAAGGGAGUACAUCAAGGCCUACACCUCUGCUGCUCAGUCUGUUGAGGCCUUCGGAGACGUCCCGGAGAUCAUUCCCAUCUACCUGGUUCACCGUCCGUCCAACAACGUCCCCUACGCCACGCUGGAAGAGGAGCUGAUCGGUGACUUUGUCAAGUAUUCGGUCAAGGACGGCAAAGAGAUCAACCUGAUGAGACGCGACUCGGAGGCGGGACAGAAAUGUUGCGCUUUCCAGCACUGGGUCUACCAAAACACUGAGGGCAAUCUGCUGGUCACUGACAUGCAAGGAGUUGACAUGAAGCUCACAGAUGUGGGAAUAGCAACCUGUAAAAAAGGAUACAAGGGGUUCAAAGGAAACUGUGCCACGUCUUUCAUUGACCAGUUCAAAGUUUUGCACCAGUGUAACAAGUACUGCGAGAUCCUGGGGCUCAGUUCACUCCAGCCCAAACCCAAAAAGGCUUCAGCUGCUCCCAAACCUAAACUCCAACCCUCUGCUGCUCCUAAGAAGAAAAUAUUUGGGCCAACGCUGAAGAGCAAGUCGUAAUGAAAACGUAAAAAUUGCGACUUUUAGGACUCUCUGCUUUGACUUUUUGGACCUCGUGCUGCAGAGGCCUUCAAGGAGGAAAUGGUUGAACCACUCCGAAACAAUGACUCUGAACACUUGAAAAAGUUCUUUAAUUUAUUUUUUAUGAACACUUCACCUGAAACUUUGUGUCUUUAUUGCUGAAGUUUGUGAUCAUUUGAAGGAAUGCUUGAUAAGUGUAUCCACAGUGAUGAACUGCCACGUCUUAGACCCAUUAGGUAAUGGGCAACAAUACUAGGGUUUUCUUUUUCUUUACAGAUGUUUCCUUUUUUCUACG